CGCAUGUUUACAGUCUGGAGCACCUAGAUUGACUGCGUCUUCCUGAGUCUUCCUCUCUUGGCAGUUGCGUUUUAUUGAGAAGGAGCUGAGGAAUUGUUGGUUCUGAUAACAGGGCUUCUACUUUCUUCAUUGUGAGAGUAUACUUCUCUACUCUUAUUGUGCCUCUCUGUAAAGGCCUAAAGGCUGCAGCUGUCACCUCUUGUCAGAAUGAGGUCCCUGGCCCUCAGCCUCUUCUGCCUGUUGUGCUGUAAUGCAGUUCGACUGGACAGACGGCGUCCCAGACCCAUUACAGCCAGAGGGCAAAAUGAGACUAUUGCCCAAACCACAGCAGUGGAGAAUCCUUGCAAACCCAUCCCGCUGGAUUUCGUCUUUGUCAUCGACAGCUCCCGAAGCAUCCGCACGAAUGACUAUGAAAAGGUGAAGACCUUCAUCAUCAACCUGCUUCAGUUCCUUGAGAUCGGCUCUGAUGCCACUCGGGUUGGUCUGCUGCAGUAUGGCAGCGUGGUCCAGCCAGAGUUCUCCCUCAGCACCUACACCACCAAGGCAGAGGUGGAGCAGGCGGUGAGGAACAUGCAGCACCUUGCCACAGGAACAAUGACCGGUCUGGCCAUCCAGUACACAAUGGAGACAGCCCUCACUGAGGAAGAGGGUGCACGACCAGCAAACCUGCACAUCCCACGAAUCGCUAUGAUUGUGACUGAUGGGCGGCCUCAGGACACGGUGGAGAAGAUUGCAGCCCAGGCGAGGGAGGCCGGCAUCCAGAUCUUUGCUAUCGGAGUGGGCAGGGUGGAUAUGAACACUCUGAAGGCCAUAGGGAGUGAGCCACACUCUGAGCAUGUGCACCUGGUGGCCAACUUUAGCCAGAUAGAAACCCUCAUCUCUGUGUUCCAGUCCAAACUGUGUGGAGGUUCGGAGAUGUGUGAGGUGGUGGACCAUCAGUGCCAGCACAUCUGUGUGAGCAGCCCUGCAUCAUACAGGUGCAAGUGCAGGAACGGCUUCAUCCUCAACCCCGAUGGCAAGACAUGUAAAGCUGAGGAUAUGUGUGCUGUCGUGGAUCAUGGUUGUAAACACAUCUGUGCCAACAUACCUGAUGGCUAUGAGUGCCGCUGCCGUCCAGGAUAUCAACUCAACAUAGACCUGAAGACAUGCAACAAAAUAGACUACUGUGACCUGGGGAACCAUGGCUGUGAGCACGACUGUGUCAGCGUUCCAGAGUCCUACUUUUGCAGGUGUAAGAAGGGCUACGUCCUCAAUCAGGAUGGCAAGACUUGCAGCAAGAUUGAUCACUGUGCUGAUGGCACUCCUGGGUGUGAACAGGAGUUCAUGAAUACAGAAGAUGCCUGUGUGUGUAAAUGCAGGAAAGGCUACACGCUCAGACCUGAUGGGAAAACAUGCAAGAAGAUAGACCAUUGCGCUGAUGGAAAACACGGCUGUGAACAGGAGUUUAUGAAUACAGAAGCUUCAUGUGUAUGUAAAUGCAGAAAUGGAUUCACACUCCGACCUGAUGGAAAAACAUGUCAAAAGAUAGACCAUUGCGCUGAUGGAAAACACGGCUGUGAACAGGAGUUUAUGAAUACAGAAGCUUCAUGUGUAUGUAAAUGCAGAAAUGGAUUCACACUCCGACCUGAUGGAAAAACAUGUCAAAGUCUGGAUCUGUGUCAGACAGUGGACCAUGGCUGCGAACACCAGUGUGUCAGCACCACUGACGCCUACAUCUGCAGAUGUUUUGAAGGAUUUAUGUUGGCUGAAGAUGGGAAGAGCUGUAAAAAGCCCGAGUGUGGCGAUGGAGUCAUGGAUCUGGUUUUUGUAAUCGAUGGCUCUAAGAGUCUGGGCCCUGCCAACUUUGAGCUGGUCAAGCGAUUUGUAAAGGGCAUUGUGGACUCGCUGGACAUUUCCAGAACAGGCACACAUGUUGGCCUUCUUCAGUACUCCACCAAGGUCCGCACAGAGUUCACCCUGGGCCAGUACACCACAGCGCAAGGCAUCAAACAGGCUGUGUCCCGGAUGCAGUACAUGGGGAGAGGCUCCAUGACUGGCUCAGCCUUACGUCACAUGUUUGAGUUUAGCUUUUCAGCUAAAGAAGGAGCAAGGCAGAACAUCCCACAUAUCGGCAUUGUGUUUACUGAUGGGAGAUCACAGGAUGAUGUGUCCGAAUGGGCUACUAAAGCAAAGAAAUCUGGGGUCACAAUAUAUGCCUUGGGUGUUGGCAAAGCCAUUGAACAGGAGCUGAGAGAAAUAGCUUCAGAGCCUGAUGAGAAGCACCUUUUUUACGCUGAAGAUUUGGAGAACAUGGGGGAAAUUACAAAAAAGCUCAAGUCCAGGAUAUGUAAAAACAAACCAUCUGAUGAAGACAUGUGCCAGUGUGGGAACGUGAUAAUGUUUCAAAGCCAGGUCACUGAGAAGCUGAAAAACCUGUUAGAGAAUAUUGAAGCCAUGUCAAAGAAGCUGGAGACACUCGAGAAUCAACACGUGCGCAAAUGAAAGGCUUGAUGAGAGACUCGAGCAUCCAUCCUCUGACCUGCAGUGUAGCAUCAGCAGGAAACCUCUGAUCCUGCUCAGCAAGCUGCACUAAAACAUAUGCAAAUGAAAUGCUUUCUACUGCUAUUUAAACACUUUGUAUACAACAAACUUUUGUCUGUAAUGUUCUUUUUUUAUGUAAUGCAAAAUCAACUCUUUGCACAGUAAACUGACAAAUAAACAUUUUACACAUUUA